AUGGACUCUACCAUUUCGGCACCAUCAGUUGGCAGCCUCGUGAACAAUGUUCUUGGCUUGACCGGCAAGCGUUCAGAUGAUGCGUCGCAGGACAACACAUCUUCUACCGCUGCAACAUCCACCACUGGAAGCACAUCCACGACCGGCACGACAUCCACAUCUAGCGCCCCAAGCACAUCAACAAGCAGCUCAACUGGUGUGCAGCCUAAAGAAGUAGCGGACAAGUCGACGCUUGAUUCGGGCAAUGCAAAGACCGUCCACGCUGCGGAUGAGGAAACGAGUGUAAGUGAGGAAGUCGCUCCGGCCGUCGAGCACGAGACCGUCAAGAAGCAGCACGAGACUCAAGAGCAGGUCGUUCUGGAUAAGGAGAAGCACCAGGACCACUACCACACCACCAUCCAGCCUCUCAAGGACACCGAGGUCAAGGAUACCAAGGAGAACAGUGUCGAGGCCGAGAGACAGUACCGUGAGGUUAACCACCAGAACAACGAUGUCAAGGCCAAGGUGGCUCAACGCGAAGGUGCCUUCGAGGACUCCACAGAUGUGCAGAAAUCGGAGGUGAAGUCGCAAGCGCCAACGAUUGAGAACGAUCAUGUCCACCAUCAUUUGCAUGAGACCAUCCAGCCAGUGAUCGAGAAGGAAACGAUCGAGAAGUCCGUCACGCACAAGACCAUCCCGAUCACCGAGCGCCACCAGGAGGUUGACGUCGACCGCGGCACUACAGUCAACAAAGCCAUCUCGAAGGAGGAGUUCGCACGGAAAUUGGAGGGUGAGAACGCAGGGACGGUGAAGACUGAUGUCGCUGGUGGACCUGAGGUUGUCAGCCACCCGAAUGUGUCCAGGUAG